GUACUGGAACUGGUUCGACUUGGUGGUGAUCCUGAGCGGUAUUGGAGAGGAGGUCCUCUCUGGUGUGAUUCUGCGCAACUCCUGCGAAAGUCCGCGUGAGACGGGCGAUGUCAUGACAGCCUUCACAGUUCUACGAGUGAUGCGCCUCCUUCGGAUCACACGGCUCAUCCGAGCUGUGCGCUUCAUGCCCAUUUUCCGCGAACUUCGUGUCAUGGUGCGAUCCAUUCUGAACUGCCUGAUGCCUCUGAUUUGGUGCAUUGUGUUGCUUGGCUUCUUCCAGUGGUGCUUUGCGGUGUAUUUCAUCACGGUCAGCUCCGACCAUGUGCAGGCCAUGCACUACUUCCCAGAGAGAUACAGCCACCUCGACCAGACUCGGAUCAAAGACCAGAUCAAGGCUAUGUUUGGUUCUCUCUGGAGGACCAACUACGUUCUUUUCAUGUCUGUCAGCGGGGGCUUGGAUUGGGGCUACGCAAGCGACAUCUUUAUCGAGCUGGAGAGCUAUUACGCAGCUGCGGGGUAUCUUUUCUUCAUUGCGCUGGUCGCCCUGGCCGUUUUAAACGUCGUGACCGCUGUGUUCGUGGAAUAUGCCAUGAAGAUGGCAGCAGAUGACCGCGAUCUUGUCAUCCAAGACACCCUGGCCAAGCGCAACAAGUACAUGCAGGAUGCCAUGUUGGUCUUCAAGGAAGCCGAUGCCGAUGGUUCCGGCUCCAUCACUUACAAGGAGUUCCUUGACCACGUGGAGGAUGAGCGAGUCCAGGCAUUCCUGAACAGUAUGGAGCUCGAUGGGAUCGAGGCAAUUCGCUUGUUCAAGCUCCUCGACCUCGACGGCAGUGGCUCAGUCGAACCCGACGAGUUCGUGCACGGCUGCAUGUGCCUGAAGGGCAUGGCAAAGACCAUGGACCUCGCGAUCUUGCUCCGCGAGCAGCGCAAGGCCAUGCAGACAUGGGGCAGCUUUAUGAGCUAUGUGGAUAUUUGUCUCACUCAGUUGCUGAAAGAAGACAAUCGCGAACUGCCAGUGAUGUCCGCUGAGUCGUCAAAAUCUCGAUGCUCUCUAUUUUCCGGGGUCUCGGGCUGA